AUGACCUCGAAACCCGUCGCCAUUGUCGUCGGCGCCUCCCGCGGCAUCGGCAGACAAAUCGCCAUUGAUCUCGCCAAAGAUGGCUACGCAGUCGUCGUGGCCGCCAAGACAACGAGCGACGCCUCGACGGCCUCCCCCUUCCCACCCAAUCCCAACUCGUCAGCCUCCACCAUCAACACGGUCGAGCGCGAGAUACGGGAGGCCGGCCACGAAGCCACGGCCAUCGCCGUCGACGUCCGCGACCCGGCCAGCAUCCAGCGCCUCGUCGACCUCGCCCUCGAAACCUACGGCGCCCUCUCGCUGCUCGUCUACAACUCGGGCGCCGCCUGGUGGGCCCCCGUCGCCUCGUCGCCGUUCAAGCGCUUCCGCCUCCUGCAGCAGGUCAACCCCGAAGGCCUCUACGCCUCGGUCCAGUCGGCGCUGCCCCACCUCACCGAGACGGCCGGCCGCAUCGUCGUCGUGAGCCCGCCCAUCUACAGCCGCUUCUUCCGCGGCAAGACGGCCUACGCCAUGGGCAAGGUCGGCAUGAGCGUGCUGACCAAGGGGCUCGCCAUGGAUUUCGUGCGCGAGGGCCGGGGCAUGGCCAUCACGAGCCUCUGGCCCGCCGUCGCCAUCGAAUCGGCGGCCACGGAAAAGUUUACGACGGCGGAUCCUGAGGAGGCCAAGGACCUGCGCAAGGCGACCAUCUUCUCUGACGCCGUGCUCGCCAUUGUCAAGGCCCCCGCUGAAAAGGUCAACGGGGAGCUGCUGCUGGACGAGGACUUUUUGCGAGACCAUGCGGGCGUGACGGACUUUGCCAAGUACAACCUCGUCAAGGGGGCGACGCCGAGGCGGAUCAUGCCGGCAGAGCUGCCAGACAUCAGGGUCAAGGAGCAGGAUGACGAGGGCAGGCGGUACGACAGCACAAAAUCCAAGCUCUAG